AUUGCGUCUCUUUGUUUUUAAUCCAGGCUCGUUAACCAUCAGAAGGAAAACAGCCAAAAAAUACACGAAUCAUCGUCAUCAGCCAACUUUCUGCUGCAGCACGGUCCGAUUGAACGAAACCCGUGUCGGAAAGUUUUCACCCAGCGUAGCUCCUCCGGUAUCGAAGAAUUAUUGUUCCCGUCGUUUCGUAGCGUUUCGGAAAAGUGUUUCGAUUUCGUCGCGAGAAUCGUGAAUACCGUGGGAUUAUUGGCCGACGUCGUUCCCCUUCGGAAGAAGUGCAAUUUGUGUGUGAUUUUUGUGUCUCGGAAGAACCUGCGCCACAGAAAGCUUCGAGAAGGAAUUGAUUUUCUCGACGUGCAGGACGUGAUUACAUUGCUUGCCCACUAGAACACCGGUUCCGUUGCGGACACUUGCCGAUUGCAUUGCAGAACGUUCCCACCAACCUUGAAUCAUCAUCCCGUACCAGCUCCGCUUCGCGCAGGGGGAUCAGAGAGGAUUGGUUACUUUGAGCGUUUGGUACCUUCGUUCGGGACGGAACCGUCUGCCUCUUAGUUGAACGUCGCGAUCGCAUCCGGACGGACGCGUGUAGGUGAGUUCGUUACUCUCUGCAAAGAAGUAGUGUAUUUGAAAUGGCCACUGGUGGCAGUAAUAGCGGAACGGUGUCGAUAUCGGCAUCGUCGGCCAGCUUAGCUCCUCCGAUACAGCCCGUCAAUACACCUUGGCCGAACAGCAAGGAUGAUUACGAGCUGCGGGAAGUGAUUGGUGUUGGGGCGACUGCCGUGGUCCAUGGGGCUUAUUGCAUGCCACGAAAUGAAAAAUGUGCCAUCAAGCGGAUCAAUCUGGAGAAGUGGAAUACAUCCAUGGAUGAGCUACUAAAGGAGAUACAAGCUAUGAGCAGUUGUAAUCACGAAAAUGUCGUAACUUAUCAUACCAGUUUUGUGGUGAAAGAGGAACUUUGGUUGGUACUUCGCUUGCUGGAGGGUGGUAGCUUAUUGGAUAUCAUCAAACAUCGAAUGAAAUCUGUCAAUUGUAAACACGGAGUUUUUGAUGAAGCUACGAUAGCUACGGUACUGAAGGAAGUACUAAAAGGUCUAGAAUACUUCCACAGCAAUGGGCAAAUUCAUCGGGAUAUUAAAGCCGGUAAUAUUCUGCUGGGCGAUGAAGGGACCGUGCAAAUUGCGGAUUUCGGAGUGAGUGCUUGGCUUGCAACAGGCCGAGAUCUGUCGCGGCAAAAAGUUCGUCAUACCUUUGUGGGCACACCGUGUUGGAUGGCACCAGAAGUCAUGGAGCAAGACCACGGAUAUGACUUCAAAGCCGAUAUAUGGUCAUUUGGAAUUACGGCAAUUGAGAUGGCCACCGGAACAGCACCAUAUCAUAAAUAUCCACCGAUGAAGGUGCUGAUGUUGACCCUCCAGAACGAUCCACCGACCAUCGAUACCGGUGCAGAUGAGAAAGAUCAGUACAAAGCCUACGGAAAAACUUUCCGGAAGAUGAUCGUCGAAUGCCUACAAAAAGAACCUUCUAAACGUCCAUCUGCCAGUGAAUUGCUUAAACACCCGUUCUUCAAAAAGGCGAAAGAUCGAAAAUAUUUAACUCAAACUCUAUUAGCCACGGGUCCUUCAAUGGCCACACGCGUUCACAAAGCUGCCAAGCGACAACCGGGUGCCUCCGGUCGUCUACAUCGUACCGUAACCGGGGAGUGGGUGUGGUCAUCAGAAGAGGAAGACAACGGCAAGAAUUCCUCUGACUCCGAAUCCGAGGAACGGCCCAUGAAUCGCCUGGAACAAAUGGACUCUUCGGCUUCUGAAACGGAAGACGCUUCCGAGCAAUCAGAGGUCACGGUUACGGCCCCUACUGGCUCGGAGGCCACUACCACUGAUGUCACCAAUGCGGUUGGUGGUCUGAACCUGGACGACCUUCCUCCUAUCAACCUAGUGUUAAGGAUGCGAAAUGCCAACCGGGAACUGAACGACAUCCGGUUUGAGUUCGCUGUUGGUAAGGACUCGGCAGAGGGCAUAGCGACUGAGCUUGUAGGUGCCGGUCUUGUCGAUGGACGCGACAUUGUCGUCAUGGCGGCCAACCUGCAGAAGUUGAUUGAUCAGCGAGUUUCACUGAAGACUGUUACGUUCCAGCUGAACUCUGGCUUCGUGAGUGGCGAGCAACCGGAUGAAAAAUCGCUGAUCGGCUUCGCACAGAUUUCCAUCACGGACUAACUUAAGUGACUUGUCUUGUUAUUUUAACUUCCUAUUAUGUUUUUUUCGCUUAAGUGUGAGCGUGCCUGCCUCUAUUAUGUAUGCGUUUUAGUGCGAUCGUGAGCUGAACUGAAAAAUUAAAUUCCUGUUUUUCGAUUUCUUACAUAGUUUUAAUAUGAAAACGAAGAAAACAACAAAUAGCAAGUUAUUUAGAUUUAAUGCUCUAUAUCCCUAUCGAAGUUGGAAUUGAGAUAAACACGAAAGUUCGCAUGAAAUAACCCAACAGCUUUGUUUCCACAAAACAAGAAUAAGGUAUGAAAGUUUAGCCUUUUCCAUUAAAAGUUCGCGCUUUAUUCAUACACUUAUCACCUAUAUUAUCAUAUUUGAAGCAAAAUAUAUAUUUAAUGUUAAAGCGAAAAGUGAUGUUGAAAGUAGCCUUUAUCGAUUAUCGCGCAAGUGCAUCAGUGAUACAAACAAACUGCAAGCAAAUGAAAACGAAUUGAUCGACAAAAUUUAGCAAAAAAAAAAACAAGAUAACAAUUCUAAUGAAAUCUCGUUUGCGAAAACAUCAACGUUCCGCGUACUCGAAGAGCGCCCCACAUAAGGCAAUCGAUUAAUAGAUUGAGCACAUGACGACUAUGAUGACGGCGAUAACGAUGGACGGAUACAACGCGGAUUGAAGAAAUGUUGGAAAAGAUAACUGUAUUUUAAAUAACUUUUUGACUAGCGCGCGCAGUUUGCGUUUUUAGCGGUAGAUAUCGAGUCACACCCCUCCUGAAAAUAGCAGAAAAAUAUAGAAGAGCAAAACGACAACAAACAGAAGAACAAAAAAUAUAAACACAAACAAAACCAACAAAACAAGAAAUAACAAUAAAAAAAAGCAUCUAAUAGUUGAUGAGCUAGAAUUGA